CGGGCGAUUUGAGGAUAGUGAUGGAAUUAGGAGGAGGGGCUAAGACCCCACUUGAGUACCCUAGCGGAUCAUGCCGUGGCUAACCCGUCUCCGUCCAUACCAUCAAUAUCAACACCCAAACAGCAUCUCGAUUCCGCGCAUCGAAUCGAGUAUCCCACCGCAAACAUCGACUUACUACGAACUACGAUGAUGCACCGUUUCCUCUGGAGCAAAUUGUCUCGAAGGCUGUCCAUGUCCACAUCCGCAUCUGCGUCCGUAAAGUCAAAGGCGCUGCAAAAUGAGCAUUUCUUUCGCUACACUAGUGGGAGAUGGCUAUGGGAUGAGGAGGAGCGACUUCAAGAAAGAUAUAGGAAGUUCAAUGUUGAUGAGCUUAAGCGUAUUGGCGCUGAGAGCAUCGGCGCAAAGUCUUGUGUCUCAAUCACUAAAUUGGACGAGGGGGGCUACAACAAAGUAUUCAAGCUAGUUAUGGACAAUGGAUCGGUUGCUAUUGCACGUAUACCAUGUCCUAAUGCUGGCCCACCGUCUAUGACCACCGCUUCUGAAGUUGCUACAAUGGACUUUGCUAGAACUAUCCUCAAUCUACCUGUUCCAAAAGUUCACGCUUGGAGUGCAGUGUCGGACAAUCCUGUCGAAGCAGAAUAUAUUCUAAUGGAGGAGGCUUGCGGGACGUCGCUCGGAGAUAUAUGGGAAGAUAUGGAACUACAUUCCAAAGUUAAAAUUGUUGAAGAUAUUAUAUCCAUUGAGCAGAAGCUGCUCUCGGUGUCCUUCUCCCGAUAUGGCAAUAUAUACUUUGCAAAAGAUUCCUUUCCAGGAUGCGAAAAAGCAGAGGUUUCUGGCGAUAUUUCGGAAGAUCUAAAGCAAGAAGUAGAAGAGCGAUUCACAAUUGGCCCAGUAGUAGAACAUGCGUUCUGGAGAAGGGAUCAAACCUCAAUGCCAGUGGACCGAGGGCCUUGGAAAAGCGCUGACGACUAUCUCAAAGCUCUAGCCAACAACCAAGUCACCUGGCUGAGUCAGUACGCACCACGAAAGACACCGAACAUAUUCCAAAAAUCGGUAGCCCAAGAAUCUCCCGAUGCCCAUAUCGCGCUUUACAAGAAAUAUCUCGCUAUUUGCCCCUACAUCUUACCGAAGGAUGAGAGAAUGGCUCGCUCUACUCUUUGGCAUUGGGACUUGCAUGCAUCAAAUCUUUUUGUGAAAGAUGAACGAGUCACCUGCAUCAUUGACUGGCAGUCUACGUGGGCUGGACCUCUUUUCGCUCAAUACCGCUAUCCGAAGUUGGUGCAUUACGCUGGCGAAGUUAUGUUGAGGCUUCCUGACGACUAUGAGACCAUGGAAGGGAAUGAAAAGGUCGAGGUCUCGAGUCAGGUUCAGAAAUCCAUCGUGCAGUACUUGUACGAGUCGAAGACUGAAGAUUCAAACCCGUUGUUAACUGAUAUCGUCAAUGUCCCACAAAGAACAGUAAGAAAACAGACCAUCGCGUUUGCUGAGGAUUCUUGGGAAGGAGGGAUUUUAUCGUUCAGGCAAUGCCUCAUCAGAUUAGAAAGAUACUGGGAUGAGAUGAAACAUGAUGCCGCUUGCCCUAUUCAUUUUUCGGAAGAAGAUCUACGGAAUCAUGUGCGGGAUGCUGAAGGGUACAACGAACAGGCCGAUUUCUGGGACAGUCUAGAAGGAUUUGUUGCCCGUGAUGGAUGGACUUCGAAUGAGCGGUAUGAAGAAGCCCUCGACCUGUUCGCUGGAAUCCGGGAGAGGGGGCUGGAGCAAUUGACUGGCGAGGAGAGAUCGGAUUUCGAGAAAAACAGCAGGUGGGCUCAGAGAAGUGCUGAUAGAAGUGAUGGUUCUUGA